GCAACCCUUCUAUUUGUUCAAAUCCUUUGUUCUUCUGUCUGCUCGCUCGCGCUCUCUCUCUCUCUCUCUCUCUGCAACUAAACCCUUCAACCCAUUCGAGUGAUGUCAGGUCACUACAAUCACAACUUCUCGCCAGCUAGCGCUGUUUCUCCACAGAUUAGAAGCACCCCCGAUGUUCUUGACAGUAAUCACUACUUUUCGGAGCUGUUGGUUGAGCAUCAAAAGAUUGCCCCCUUCGUGCAGGUACUUCCCAUAUGUAGCAGACUCUUGAACCAAGAGAUUUUACGGGUUUCUGGAAUGACACCCAACCAAGGUUUUGGCGAAUGCGACACACUGCGACAUAGAAGCCCCAGUCCCAUGGCUUCUUCAAACUUUAUUUCAAAUGUUUCAGGGACGGGAUUGGGUGGAUGGAAUAGCCUUCCUCGUGAGAGAUUGGUUGGAAACCCUGGAAUGACGAUGGACUGGCAAGGGGCGCCCGCAAGUCCUAGUUCAUACACUGUGAAGAGGAUUUUGCGCUUAGAAAUUCCGGUGGAUACAUAUCCAAAUUUCAAUUUUGUUGGUAGGCUUCUAGGCCCAAGGGGCAAUUCACUGAAACGGGUGGAAGCUACUACAGGAUGCCGCGUAUUUAUAAGAGGAAAAGGAUCUAUAAAAGAUCCGGAUGAGGAAGAGAAGCUAAGAGGAAGACCAGGCUAUGAGCACCUGAAUGAACCACUCCAUCUCUUGGUUGAGGCAGAUUUACCUGCCAAUAUUGUUGAUAUGAGGCUAAGACAGGCACAGGAGAUUAUAGAAGAACUGCUCAAACCGGUGGAUGAGUCACAGGAUUAUAUUAAGAGGCAGCAGUUGCGUGAGCUAGCCAUGUUAAAUUCCAGUUUCAGAGAAGAUAGUCCUGGGCCAAGUGGAAGUGUCUCUCCUUUCAAUACUAGUGGAAUGAAACGUGCAAAGACGGGACGUUGAGAACUCAUCCUUAUCGCUAGUCAAAAUGAUAUCUGCUCCUGGCUUCCUAGUCAUGGUUGAGUAUACCCACCAUAAUACCUCAAUUUUGCGUAGCUACCAAACCCAAAAGGAAAAAAGUAAGCUGGCAGUCCGUGACGAGCUCUGUGGUUGGUGAAUUUUCUUUCGUAAGUGCUAUUUUGCUUUCUUUUUUAAGACAAUGGAAAAGGGGAAAUUUGUUGUGGUUAUAUGAUUGGGUCUUUGAAUUUAGGUUUGGUGGAGGAGGUCAUAAACUUCAUGUAUUGAAUUUAUUCUUGUGUUGGUAGUGUUGUCUAGUUCGGAUAGCGAAAGGUUUAGCGGGAAAACGCCUUAGGCAAAGGGAUUGAAUUUUGUAGGUAGUGUGUUACAUUAUUUAUGAUUCGUUAAUGCCA